UUCAUCUUUAGAGGAUGUUUUUAUAGUGAAAGAACUGUAGAAUUUUAAGUUAUUUUAUUAUAUAUCAGCUGAGUUUUUGUAACGUUAUCUUUAGCCUGGCUAACUUAGCCUAGCUUAGAUUAUUGUCAACAUUGUCUUUUAUAUUGCUUAGAACUGAACAGGUACAGGAUGCUACGUCUGCGUUGUAAAGCCAAGAACGGGACCCAUCUGAUGCAGGGCCUUACACACCAAUCUUGUGUUCAGGAGCUUAAAGAUAAGAUUGAGGAGCUAACAGGAAUACCAUGUGAUGUACAGAAGAUCAUGGUAGGUUAUCCACCAUCCAGCCUGGAUCUACGCAGUGGUGAAGCCCACCUAAAAGACUACCCUAUAAAAUCAGGAGACACGCUGAUUGUAGAGGAGGAGAAGAACAAACCCCAAACACAAACCGCUGUGACCAAAGGGCCCAGUCUUGACCUGUCCCCAGUUCUAGAGCGCCACGUCGUCCCUGCCGACAACUCUUGUCUGUUUACAAGUGUGAACUACGUUAUGGAAGGAGGUGUUUACGACCCAGCCUGUGCGCCUGAAAUGCGCGGGCUCAUUGCACAAAUUGUAGCUAGUGACCCCACCGCAUACUCAGAGGCAGUAUUGGGCAAGACUAAUGAGGACUAUUGCACCUGGAUCCGUCGCGAUGACACGUGGGGAGGCGCCAUUGAGGUUUCAAUCCUCUCUAAGUUCUACCAGUCUGAGAUUUGCGUCGUUGACACUCAGACUGUGCGCGUCGACCGCUUCGGCGAGGAUGCGGGUUACACCAAACGAGUGCUGCUUAUUUAUGAUGGUAUUCAUUAUGACCCGAUCCAGAAGGUGGUGCCAAAUUCAGAUGUUCCCGCACAGACUGUUUUCUCCACUACCGAUGAUGUAAUUUUGGCCCAAGCGUUGGAGCUCGCGGAUGAGGCCCGGAGGAAGCGUCAGUACACGGAUGUCAACCGCUUCACUCUGCGCUGCAUGGUGUGCCAAACUGGCCUGGUGGGGCAGAAGGAAGCAAGGGAGCAUGCCAAGGAGACCGGCCACACCAACUUUGGGGAGGUGUGAUGCUCUUCGCUCUGUUUUUGAAAUCACCCCCCCACCUUUGCCGCGUCACUGCCACGCCACCUGACAUGGUACCCGCUCUUUCACUGCUGCCUGUUCCAGCUUGGUACAGCCCUCUACCUCACAUUGUUUAGCGGCUUCAGAAGACUUUCUCUUGUCGAGUUCCCCAAUUAUUCAGUAUUCUUUUAACUUUGCUUUACUCUUGAGGUUGAAGUAUUAAAUAUGCUUGUGUUUUUAGUCUGUUAGCCAGAAAUGACAACAAAGCCGUAUCUUCAAACCAAAUUUUAAAGGGAUUCUCCACUGACUACCUGUUUGUUAUAAUGAUUACAAUACUAGUAUUAGGGUGAAUUUCGCAAAACACAUCCAGGUCGUAUUUUACUGCAAAAGUAAAGAAGAAAAUAA